CACGAAUACUCUUUUUGUGCUCACGUGCCACAACAAGUCUGCCACUGGUAGGGUUCAUGCUGCUGAACCAAUCCCCACGCAGCUUGCCAUCUACGAGAACCCGCUUCCAUUUCACUCACCCUGCCACGUCUCUUCCCUUCUCGACAACUAGGAAAAUUCUCUGUAUAGGUACAAGACUCGUUUCCACGGAUAGAAGAACGACACUUGGACGCGUCACCCGUUCACUCUACCCCGCAUCUCGCCUUCCAAUCACCAGAAUUCCCUUCGCGGGCAUAGCCUCUUCUGCAUCUGCCACAAUGCAAGACUGGAUACGCGUCAACCCCGACGUGGUUCCCCCCUACUCGGUGUUCUCCAAACCGCUUCAACGAUCGGAGCAGGAUGACCGAGAAUAUCGUCUCAUCCGACUCGAAAACGGGCUGCAAGCGAUGUUGGUGCACGACUCCAAGGCGGACAAGGCCGCUGCGAGUCUGGACGUCGCCGUGGGCCAUCUCCGCGAUCCCGAUGACAUGCCCGGUUUGGCCCAUUUUUGCGAGCAUCUGUUAUUCAUGGGUACCGAAGAGUUUCCGCGCGAGAAUGAAUAUGGGGAUUACCUGGCGAAAAACAACGGUGGCUCCAAUGCGUACACGUCGACGUCCAACACGAACUAUCACUUCAACGUCGCAGCUCCCGGGCUCGAGGGCGCGCUUGCGCGUUUCUCGGGGUUCUUCCACUCUCCACUGUUCGCUCCGUCCUGUACGUCUCGCGAGCUCAACGCGGUGAACUCCGAGCACAAGAAGAACCACCAAGCCGAUAUGUGGCGUAUCUUCCAGCUAGGCAAGCACCUAAGCGCGCAGGGACACCCGUGGCGCAAGUUUGGCAGCGGUCAUCGGGAUAGUUUGUCCGCCGCCGCCAAGGAGUUGAAAGCCAAGGGCAAGCUGGACAAUCCCUCUCUGUUGAAUGGCAACGGACACCAUCUCAAAGCGCCAUCCCCGAUUCCCUCUCGGCUUUCGUCUCCGGCACCUUCGGUGUCAUCCGUGGACAGCACGGACACCGAGGCCGAUGGUGGUUCGAUCGGACGGGAGAUCAGGAGGAGGCUCAUUGAAUGGUGGUCGCAAGAAUACUGUGCCAGCAGGAUGCGCCUGUGUAUUGUGGGAAAUGAAUCAUUGGAUCAGCUGUCCUCCUAUGCUUCCAAGUACUUCUCCCCCAUUCUCAACCGUAAUGUGGAUCCGCUCCCGAUGAUCACCCAGUCGCCUUUCGAUCGGCUUGGGACGCUGGUCUCUGUGAAAACGAUCAUGACUUUCCACGCCUUGGAGAUCGCCUUUCCCCUUGAAUGGCAGCCACCGUUCUGGCGACACAAGCCGAUCCACUUCAUCUCGCACUUCGUAGGCCAUGAGGGACCUGGCUCGAUCCAUUCGUAUCUGAAGCAGAAGGGAUGGAUCACAGCAUUGAGCACCUCACCGCAAGACAUGGCCCGAGGGAUCUCUAUGUUCAAAAUCACUGCCUAUCUCACGCAGGAGGGUUUCGAAAAUCACGAGAGUGUGUCCUUGGCCAUAUUCAAGUAUCUGAGCCUACUCCGGGCCUCGCAGUUCGAUGCGUUCCACCAGUCCGAGCAGGUGACACUCGCGCGAACCCGUUUCCGCUUCAAGGAAAAGGGCAGCCCCGAGAACUAUGCGACCUGGGUGGCCGAGAGCAUGACCCGGCCUGUACCAACCGAGCUCAUCUUGUCCUCCUCGUCCUUGCUGUGGGACUGGGAUGGGGACAGUCUGCCAGGAGGUGGAGGGGAGUCCAAGGUCCGGGAAUAUCUAGAGCUCUGCAGACCCGAAAAUGCCAGGAUAACUCUCAUGGCCAACACUAAGGAUCAGCUGUCGCUCUUCCCGAACGCUGUGUGGCAAAAAGAGCCGUGGUAUGGGACGGAGUAUCACGUAGAGAAGUUCGGCGCGAGUUAUUUGGCUGAUGCCAAUGCUCCGAAUGACAUCAAGGAAUUGCACCUGCCGGGUCCGAACGUUUUCAUUCCCACUAAUGUUGAGGUCGAGAAACGGGAUGUCAAGGAACCGCUCAUGCGACCCCAUCUGAUCAGAGAAACGCCUCUCUCGGUCCUCUGGCACAAGAAAGAUGACCGGUUCUGGGUUCCCAAGGGCCAUGCCGUCAUCGAUCUGCGCAGCCCAUAUGGCAAUGUUUCCCCGCGCGCUGCCAUAUUGACACGGCUGUAUUCGGAUAUCGUCACCGACUCGCUGACUGAGUAUGCUUACGACGCCAGUCUGGGUAUGCUUUCUUACGCGUUCCUGCAACAUUCGAACGGGUUGUAUGUUACCAUCAACGGCUUUAACGACAAGAUGUCCGUCCUUAUCGAGCAAGUGCUCGACAAGAUCAAGAACAUCGUGGUAGACCCGUCGAGACUCGAAAUCAUGAAGGAGCAGGCCAAACGGGAUCUGAAUAACUUCUUCCUCGGGCAAUCCUACACCUUAUCGGAUUACUACGCUCGGUCUCUGCUGUCGGAGGUGCACUGGACGCUUGACAAACUUCUUGAAGAGUUGCCCUCCGUUUCGGCGGAAGACUUGCAGCAACACAUCAAGCUCAUGCUAUCCGAAGUCAAUCUGCGCAUCGUCGUCACAGGGAACCUAUACAAAGACGAAGCGAUCAAGAUUGCUGAAAUGGCUGAGGAGGGACUGGGAGUUUGCAAGCUGCCCCCAACUGAUUUGAAUGACCGCGCGCUUAUCUUGCCUCGUGGAAGCAACCAGACCUGGACCUCGACGAUCCCCAACCCGAACCAGGCAAACUCGGCACUAACGUACUAUCUCCACUUUGGACCCAUCGUAGACCAGAGGAUGCGAGUGACAUCAUCGGUGCUGACCCAGAUCCUACAUGAGCCUGCGUUCGAUAUCCUGCGGACGAAGGAGCAGCUGGGCUACAUCGUGAGCUGUUCCGGCUGGAUGCUCAGCGGAAACAGCGAGAAGGGGAUGCGCAUCAUCGUACAGAGCGAGAAGAACCCGGGAUACCUCGAAAACCGCGUCGAGGCGUUCCUGGAUGGGAUGAAGGCGACGCUGGAGGCCAUGACUCCCGAGGUGUUUGACGAGCACAAGGAGAGCGUGCGGAGGCGGUGGACGGAGGCGGAGAAGAACCUCAAGGACGAGAUGGCUCGUUUGGCGAUUCACGCGACGACAGGACACGUCGAUUUCCUGCGAAACGAGAAAGACGCGCAGUUCAUCAGCAACGUCACCAAGGACGACGUCCUGGCGAUGUUCCUGCGCGAUGUGCAUCCGGCUUCGCCAUCGCGCGCCAAGUUGUCCAUUCACAUGCGCUCCCAGAAACCGCGCAAACCACGCGUCAGCCCCGCCGCUGCCCAGGCCGUGGCGGACCUGAUCAUCGGGCGCGGUUUCGUCGACCAGAUCCCCGAGUCGAUCGCUGCUCUCGAGGACAACCCGCUCGUGGCCGAUUACGGACAGGCGUGGGGUGUCGUGCUGGCGGGCAAGGAGGGCGUCGGCAAGCUGCUCGAGGAGGUGCAGCGCAUCCUUGCGCAGCACCCGGUGCCGGGAGAGGGCGAGGACCUUCCACGGGCCGGGGUCACGUAUAUCUCGGACGUAGAGGCAUUCAAGCAUGGGCUGACGGUCUCCGUCGAUCCAGGCCCAAUGGUCCAGUGGGGCGAUCUACCCGUAUCCAAAUUUUGAUUGUGUAGCCGUAGACUGUGGUUUGUAUGUACAUGGGUUUCCGAUACUACUCUACGCAGUAUAAAUUUACAGUAAUCUCAGUCUGGUGGUGUGCUCGCAAGUGCCCCAGGGCCCAGACUCGACCGGAAGAGUCCUAACCCUAUAUUAAU